AACAACUAGGACUUCGAGAAAGCCUAUGCAUCUUUCUUUCAGGAAUACAACAAGUUGCUAAAGCAACCAACGAACGUUAACAAGAACACACCCACGAAUGUUAACAAGAGCGCACCUACGAACAUUAACAAUGCCGCACCGGCGGAUCAUCCGCCUUCUCUGGAUGAUGGAACGAAACGGAUAAUGUGACAAAUCUGGCCCACAACAGCCAUGAACAUUUGAUGCGGAUAGUCGAGGCCAUCCGGCGAGCUCCAACCGAUGAUCGACGUUGUCUCCAUCGGGCUCUGAAGGAGGAUCCGAUGUUUCAAGGCAAGGAGCCACUCAAGAUUGACCGAUCGAUUAAUCUCGCUCUGUCAUUGUGGCUCACCUUAGACUUCUCAAAGUCCACACAGCUACUUGAGGCUCCGCCUGUUCCACAGGAGCAACAUACCCCUCCACCCAAUGGAAAAGAGCGGCCUCUCCAGGGCAUUUUUGACAAUCAAGAAGGGGGACGAAACCUUGAAAUAAAUCGUGCCUCAGCUCAGAACGUCAGGGAGCAUUCCGCUGGUUCAGAUCUUCAGCAUGCUCAAAAGGCCCCAUUAGAAGUUGAUUCGCACCGUGCCCAAAUUUGGCCCCUGAAGUCUGGAGAAAAAGCGAGUCGUCCUGCUCCACCGAAUGGCGGUCGCCAAGCUCGUUCAGAUCAUAUACCAAAUAAUGAGGGACAGCAUCUUCGAGGUCCUCCCCCCGAUCUCGAGGGACAGCAUGCAGAAGCGCUGAGAGACUGGCUGGCCUUUCUGCUGCAGCCUUUCACUAAUCUCAUUCCCAAAUCAAUAACUCAACGCGUGCAAACUUAUCAAGACCAAGGACCCCUCCAAUGGGAGGGCACCGGGACUUUAGAGAGUGUUGUCAGUCAACGCUUCCAGAAUUUGAGAAGCGUUGAAGUUACGAAAAACGGUGUCACUUUGCAGACUAGCUUUACAGCUGUGAAUCUGCAAAGAUUUUGCGGCUUCGAGAUAGAAUUGAUGUGCAAUCUGGUAGAACAUUUGGUGUUUAAUCG